CAAUUUGUAAAAAAUAAUAAUAAAAAAUUUACUGGAAGAUAAACCAACUUAAAAAUCCUUCUAAAGGAUAAUUUUAAUAACUCAGCAAUGGAUUAUAUUAUUAUGAAUAGAAUCAAAAUGUUUUUCGGAUAUAAGACACUCUUAGGAGUUAAUGUUAUCAUUGGAUUUUUAAGCCUAAGUGUAAUUGGAAGUAUAAAUGCUGAAACAUCGAGAUUUGUAACGUUACCACAGAGUCAGACAGUCAUUGAAGGUGAUUCAGUUGUAUUUACAUGUCAUGCGACUCCUGUUGGUGGAAUGGAUUAUUCUUGGACUCAUAAUGGUCAUGCCAUUCAGAACUCUACUCGUGUACAUCAAGUUGGCUCCAAUCUGCAUGUGAAUAAUGUUGUCAAGGAUUUAGAUGGCGGAGACUAUGCAUGCAUAGCUACAACUGACUCAAGUGGAGCACGUCAGGCCUCACCGCCAGCUCGGCUAAAUAUCAUAUGGAUACAAACAGCUAGCGUUCAAUUACUGACCAACCGCAAGGACGAAGUAAUCUUGAAAUGCCAUGUCGAGGGCACUGGCCAACUUGAAAUUGAAUGGUUUCGUAAUAGUGAAAAAUUAACUUCAAUUCAAAACAUCCAUCUGGACGGGAAUCGUCUGCUUAUUAAAAGUCCAUCCGUCUAUGAUAAUGGACUCUAUCGAUGCGUUGCAUCAAAUCCAGCUGGACGAGCGAUGAGUAAAAAAGGAUACAUCCUCAAGUGGGCUGGCACUGAUUCGCAGACGGGUUCUGGGUGCAUUCCACGUUUUACCGAUGGUAAAAAAGGUCAAAAACAGCUCGAUAAAUCGUCGUCUUCGACAAAAAACGUUUUCUUGUGUCGUGGCAAGCGAGGCGAUAAAUCUGCCAAAGCUACCGUCUCAGAUGUUACUUUUAGCCAGCAGCCAUCCGUAAAGCAGGUAGCCAAGGAGAAUGAUCCCGUCGAACUACCUUGUACGUAUCAGUUGCCAGAGAAAUAUCGUAGCCAAACCGUUCAACUGAGAUGGCGAAAGGAUGGUAAAGUUUUCCGUCAAACCGAUUUGGGUGUUUCAACGUCCACUACUGCCGAACCGAAUAUGGAAUCAAUGCUCCGUGAAGACUUCCGGAUAACACUCAAUCGUGCCAAUGGCUCAUUGAUGUUCUCAUCGGUCAUAGCUAGCGAUGCUGGACAGUAUUAUUGUCAGAUUUACAUUGAAGGACAUAGUCCGAUAUCGUCGGAAACUGGUGAAUUGGUUGUAAUUGAACAGUUGAAAUUUGCCCCACAGCCAACAUCGAAGAAUUUGGAAUUAGGCUCUGUGGGUAAGAUUCAUUGUAAAGCCCAAGGAACUCCAACACCGCAAGUAAAGUGGAUAAGGGACUUCUCUGAUCAAUUGCCCGAAACAAUUGACGACAUUAACGGUACGUUAAUAUUUAAAAAUGUAUCCGCCGAGAAUCGUGGCAACUAUACCUGCAUUGCUAGCAACACUCAAGGACAAAUAAAUGCCACCGUUAGCAUAGCUGUUGUCGUCGCACCCAAAUUCCAUGUUCGUCCAGAAGGACCAAUUCAAGCUACAGAAAUGGGUGUUGCCAGUAUUCAUUGUCAAGCUAUUGGUGAUCCCAAACCAACAAUUCAAUGGGACAAAGAUCUGAAGUAUUUGAGUGAAAACAAUACCGACAAGAAUCGAUUCAAGUUUUUGGAGAAUGGAACUUUGGAAAUCACCGAAGUACAUUUAGACGAUGAGGGACGAUAUGGAUGUACAAUUGGUAAUAGUGCUGGCUUAAAGAGGGAAGAGGUUAGAUUUGUUGUCAAAGCUGUUGAGGGUUUCGCUACUGAAGAGUCCUCCGAUGGCUUCUUAAUCACUCGAGCUGUCCUCAUAACAAUGUCAGUUGCCUUUGCCUACAUCAUUCUCGUAGUCGGACUAAUGUUAUGGUGUCGCUAUCGACGACAAGCUCGCAAAGCUCGUCUUACCGAAGCUGGCAAGGAUAACGUCGAAACCGGUGAAGUCAAUAACAAAAUGGCCGAAAUUGAACCAUGUCUACCGGAAAAUGGAAAAUCCGAUAAGAAUGCCAAAACUAAGAAAAUGAACGGCAACAACAAUCCUCGUGGCAGUGGCAAUGAGGCUCAAAAAAGUGAUGACACAAUAUCGAGUGUGAAUUCUAAAGGCUCCAAAAAGUCGCAUGCCUUCGAUCAAUUAGCUUUGCCCAGGUCUAGUCUCUCGGAGCUCAUUCAAAUUGGUCGCGGAGAAUUUGGUGAUGUGUUUGUUGGCAAAAUAAAAUCUUCACUAAUAAAAAUCAACGAAGCUAGCGAAAAGGACACAGAUGAGCGGCAGAGUGGAACUCCGCCGAAUAUGGAAAAGAGACGUUCAAAAACUUCAAUGGAUGAUAUAGAAGAGAUCAAAGAAGAACAAGAAUCGAGCACAGAAGUUUCGGAUGAAUAUAAAUUGAUUUUGGUAAAGGCGUUGAAUAAAAUCAAGGACGAAACUGCGUGUCAGGAGUUUAAGAGGCAAAUCGAAAUGUUUCGAGCUAUAUCGCAUAAGGGUGUUGUUAAGUUGUUUGGACUGUGUCGGGAGAAGGAUCCGCAUUAUUUGGUGUUGGAAUAUACUGAUUGGGGUGAUUUGAAGCAAUUUCUUUUGGCCACAGCUGGCAAGGCGAAUACAGCAACUACGGCGUCUGGACAGAAUGGAACAAAUGGCGCAGUUGCUGGCUCAAUACCACCCCUCAAGACUGGACAAAUUUUAGCUGUAGCAUAUCAAAUUGCCCGGGGAAUGGAUGCAAUUUAUCGUGCUCGUUACAUUCACAAAGAUUUAGCUACACGUAACUGUAUAAUCUCAAGUGAUUUCAUAGUUAAAGUAUCAUAUCCAGCAUUAUCUAAAGAUAAAUACAAUCGGGAAUAUUUUAAACAUCGAAAUACAUUACUUCCAAUUCGCUGGUUAGCACCUGAAUGCAUCCAAGAGGAUGAAUUUACAACGAAGAGUGAUAUUUAUGCCUAUGGCGUUGUUGUCUGGGAAUUGUUUAAUCAAGCAACAAAACUGCCAUUCGAAGAAUUUAGUAAUGAGGAAUAUUUACAAAAGAGUUCUGGUGGCAGUUUGCAAUGGGAUGUGGCCGAUGGUACACCGGAGGCUCUUAAAGAAAUUAUGGCAUCGUGUUGGAAUCAAAAUCCAAAAGACCGUCCCUCAUUUAGUCAGCUCUGUACGGCACUAAGUAAAGCAAUGCAAUCCAGUGAUAACUAAUUUAAGUCGUUGUAAGUUUUUUGUAUUAAUAUUUUUUUUUAUUAUAUUUUAAACAUUUUGUAAUUAUAAAAAUUAAAACACAAUAAGAAAAAAUUAAAAAACAAAAUUCAAAAAUAAAACUAGAAAAAAUAUGAAAUAUAUUCUUUUUUUUGUUAUACUUAUAUUAUUAUUUAUUUAUCAUUUUUGUUUUUUAUUUAACAUUAUUAUUCACAUUUUUUUUUUUAAUUUAAGUUUAAGUAAUAAAAAUUAAAUUAUUAUUAUUAGCAGCUACCCACCCAUGACAAAGAACUGAAUAAGUUAAAUAAAAUCAUGAUUUUUUUGUACGCGUACAU